GUCCUCAUCCAAACCCCGACCGAAUCCCCAACAUCCCCCACCGCCGCAGAUAAAAAUCCAAAUAAUCGAAGCCCCGCCGUACUCUCGCCCAUGGCGCUGCUGCAGCUGCAUCCGCCGCCGCUGGCGGCGCUCGGUCGCUCCGUUCUCCCCUGCCGCCCGUUCCCCUCGGCGACCGCGACCGCCCGCCGCUCCCUCGCCUCGGUCGCCUUCUCGCUCCAGACCAACGUGCGCCUCCUCAAGCCCAACCGCCGCUCCCGGCGCUCCCGCUACCCCUACUACGACCUCGACGACGAUGAAGAGGAAGAAGAUGAGGAGUACGACGAGGACGACGAGAGCGAGGACGAUUUAUCAGGUUUGGAGUAUCCUGGUGUCCUUUAUACAAACAACCCGCGUGCUCCGAACAAGAGAGCAGGACGAAAAACACAACUGGUGAAAGAAAAUUGGGAAGGAAGGCGGCCCAAAACUCGUGAUAAACAUGCUAGUCCAGGAAGGUCUAAUUCCCUCCAGCCCAGGAGCAAAAUAAACAGAACAUUACUAAAUCUUACAAGCAUGAACAGUGAAGUAGAGUUGAAAAAUGAAAGCAUCUCUCGUAUUCUGUUUGAAAAAUUGCAAGAAGAAUAUGACUUUGAUGAUAAAUGGUUACUGCUUAUUGAUUACCUGUGCUCAUUUGGACUGAGGGAAUCCCAUUUUACUUACAUUUAUGAAAGACACAUGGCUUGCUUGCAAAUCAACCGGGCUUCUGCAGAAGAAAGGUUGGAGUUCCUUCUAAGUGUUGGUGUUAAAAGCAAGGAUCUGAAGAGGAUGCUGGUCAGACAGCCGCAAAUCUUGGAAUACACUCUCAGCAAUCUGAAGUCUCAUGUUGCUUUUCUGGCUGGCAUUGGUGUUCCGGAUGCACGUAUGGGGCAAAUUAUUUCUUCUGCCCCUUCAUUUUUAUCUUACAGUAUUGAGCAGUCCCUGAAGCCAACUAUAAGCUAUUUGAUUGAGGAAGUGGGUAUUGAGGAGAGGGAUGUGGGAAAAGUGGUGCAGCUAAGCCCUCAGAUUCUGGUGCAGCGAAUUGAUAAUGCGUGGAAAUCUCGAUUUCUUUUUCUCUCAAAAGAACUAGGGGCUCCCAAAGAUAGCAUUGUCAAAAUGGUCACAAAGCACCCACAGCUGCUUCAUUACAGCAUUGAGGAGGGCAUCUUGCCUCGAAUCAAUUUCCUUAGAAGCAUUGGCAUGAGAAACUCUGAUAUUCUCAAAAUAUUGACAAGUCUUACUCAGGUGCUAUCUUUGUCGGUGGAGAAAAAUCUCAAACCAAAGUAUCUUUAUUUGGUCAAUGACCUUAAGAAUGAGGCUCAAUCCCUGACGAAGUACCCCAUGUACUUGAGCUUGUCUCUUGAGCAGAGAAUUCGUCCCCGUCCCCGUUUUCUUGUUUCAUUGAAGAAAGCUCCAAAAGGCCCAUUUCCUCUUAGCUCCUUUGUGCUUACAGAUGAGCGUUUUUGCCAGCGGUUGGCUGGGACGAGCUUAGAGAAGUACCAUACAUUUAGACAGAGCUUGCUGCUGACAGGUUUCGAAGAUAAGACUGGAAGGAAACCAUUGGCAUCACGACGGUAGAUAGUUUGAGGAACUUGACCAUAGGCAAGAGGGUUGCUUCUGACUUCCGUGCCUGUCCUCACUGUAAGAAAGCUCCAGAGGGUCUAUUUCAUAUUAACCUCCCUCGCGCCUGUGGACGAGCAUUUUUGCCAUCAAUGAGCCUUUGACUAACUUAGAGAGAGAAGUAACAUACAUCGAGACAGAGCGUCUGUUGGCAGGUUUUGCCGAGAAGUCUGAAGGAAAUUGUUAGCACCAAGGCAGUAGAUGAUUAAUAUUCAGCUGAUAGGUUGCGUUUUAGACUAUGAGCCUGUCCUUCCUCACUGAAAUGGCCUAGGUUGCUGGCCUGGUUACCCCUCUGUUCAGCUGUUGCCUUGUGAAACAUCUUGUAGAGUCUUUCUGAUAGCUCCGGAUCAACUACAAAUGGAUGGUUCAUCUGACAGAACAGCAUCCACCGGAAUAGCUGAUCGAACAUUCUGCUAACUGCUUAAAGAGUAGCUGCCUUGACUUCUACUUACGGUUAACCGCAACUUUCGAGCAACAUAUUAAGUCUAGCAAAACUGCAGCUUGACCAUAUAGCGUGCAACUUCUGUGUCAGACAUAUACGUCCUCCGUUCCCAAAUAUUUGUCUUUCUAGGCAUUUCAAAUGGACACAACAUGUAGACAUAUUUUAGAGUGUAGAUUCACUCAUUUUGUUCCGUAUGUAGUCACUUGUUGAAAUCUCUAGAAAAACAAAUAUUUGGGAACGGAGGGAGUAGUAGGCUAUAGUAAAUUUUCUUCAGGGUUGUAAUGAUAGAGAUUAUGCGGUUGAGAUUUGCCUGUAAUGGUACUAGUACUGUGCCUACGCCCUCCCUGUCUCUCACAGGGUUAUGAUGGGAAUCACACUUUUAAAAACUA